GACCUGCCCUAUGUCUUCAAAUCUGUAGGUCAGGAUAAUAAAAUUGAAUAAACAAGUACUAUUGUUACUAAGCUGUUUUUAUAGAUGCAGUUGACUUACUGGCUGUAGCACUUCUGUUAUAUAGAGGCGUCACCAGUAGACCUACUGGGCACGCAACAAUCUUCUUUGUUUUUAAAUUGAAAUUAAUUGGCACACGGACUGAAAAAGGUUCGCCAGCCCUGGACUAGAAAAGAGAGACCUGACAACCCAGCAAGUCCGACACUUCAUUUUUCAAAUUAAGGACACAGAAUAGAGCUGCAAUAUAUAUGGAUCCAUCAAUCAGGUAACCAUUAGAGAUGAGUGAACUCAGGUGCAUCCUUAAAUUCCUGAAAUUCAAAAUCAAUCAGAUUGGAACCUAAGAUCCCUCUGUUUAGAAGCUAAGUACUUUGUCACUAAGUCACUUGCCCUUUUUAGCUUAAUAGCUUAUGAAAUAUAUUAAGUUUCAGUAUUUGUAAACCUGCUUUCUUUGUCUACAUCUUUACAAAGAGAUUCAAUUCAAAUAUUGCUAAGAGUUUGCCCUCCUGAUCCAAGUGAAAAAGACUUUGCACCAUGAGUUCUGGAUGUUAACACUGCAGACAAUGCCAUUAUUCUUCACACAAAGCCAGAGCCCACAAUUUUCAGAUAUGACAAUGUAGCAGAUGCUGACACCACACAGGAAGCUGUUUUUUCACUAGUUGGUAAAAAGAUUAUUGAAGAUUGUUUAAAUGGCUACAAUGGAUCCAUAUUAGCUUAUGGCCAGACUUGCUCAGGAAAAAGUUUUACUAUGUUUGGUCCCUCUGAGAACUUGGAAAGCUCUCAGCUUCGUGGUGUGAUUCCCAGAAGUUUGGAGUAUCUCUUUCGUGUAAUAGCUCACCAACAAGAUCAUGGCAGUAAAAAACAGUUUUUGUGUCGCUGCUCCUUUUUAGAAAUCUAUCAAGAGCAAAUCAUUGAUCUUUUGGAUACAGCUUCACAAGGUAUUCGCUUACGUGAGAAUAUGAACAAAGGUGUCUUUGUAGAUGGACUCAUUGAGCAAGUUAUCUGCAACUCAAGAGAUGCUUAUCAGUUAAUAAUCAAGGGCUGGUUGAAUCGUAGAGUAGCUCUUACUUCCAUUAACAGAGAGGGUUCGCGCUCUCAUGCUGUUUUUACAGUUAAACUAGAGUCAAAGAAAUUUGAAAAAGACAACAAAGUUUUACAAGCUAUGUUGAAGCACACAGAAGCUUGUGAGCAGAAAGCUCCUGAAGUGCCAAAUUUUCAAGUUAUUAAGAAUAUUGAAUCAGCCUAUAGCCGCAAGAUGGAAGAGUUUGAGAGGUCAAUCUUUGGCAAAGAUAAAAAAAGUAGCUGAGUUAUUAUUUGGAGUAGCAAAAUUAAAAGAGGAACUUCACCUUGCCAGGGAAACACAUGCAUCUGUUUUAAAAGACAGGAAUUGCAAUAAAAUGGGUGCUGAAUUUCAGAGUGCUGUGCCUAUGCAAGGAGGUGCUAUUGGUGAGCUUGGAGAGAGAAAGUCAUCUUCAGAAAAAAAUGGCUCAGUUAGAGGAAGAACUCUAAUAAAAGAAACAAAAAUGCCAGAAAUAAAUGAACAAUCUUGGAGAAGUAAAAAAAGUGAAUGAACUAAUAACAUCCUUUUAAAGAGUCACUGUUUUUGUAAAAGCAGUAUAAAGUUGUUGUUUUUUAUACCAAUCAAUGGUUAUAAUUCAAAUGAAAGCCACUUCAUUCUUCUUAAAAAAUCCAAUACAAGAGAUACAGUACUUGUAAGCAUGUCAAUGAUUGGUUGAAUCCUACCAGUAUUUGAAUAAACAUAUAUUUUAGUUUGAUGCCCAAGAUUGGCAUUGACUCUAGACAAAUAAUUGUGUUUAUACACAGUUUGACUGUAAAAGAAAUAUGUCGAGAUUUUUUUUGUUAAGAUUUUUCUUAAGUUCAAGCUACUACACUCUUUUAGUCAAUAAGUUCUACAAUGGAAUUUAAAAAGAUGUUUAUGGAAAUUGUCUUUCAUUUCACUAGCCAUUUGUUUCUCAUAAAAAUUGUGGAAUUGAAAAUGUCUGUUACAUGUGCCUCUAUAUCUAAUAUUUAUGAAUAAAUAUAUAUAUAUAGAAUAUCCUCUGCUUAAAAGUAUGCUUUAUUGGAAUAUGUUUGAUGUCAAUACUUGUAAUAAAAUGAACAAGAGGAGUUUCACUCUAGUAGUUUAAAUUUUCAUAAGUUAUGAACUAGAGGCCUUAAAUAAAAUUGACUACUUUUGGAUAAAUUUGUCAUCUCUGUUGAUGUACAAAUAAUGUAACUAGGCCUCAAGGUUUCCUAAAUUGAGCAAAGAGAAAGAGCAUCCACAUUUAUCUUUUUCUAGAAAGAACAAAAAUAGAGCUCAAAUAUUUCUCCUAUUUUGACACAAAUUAAGAAAAAUAAUAUGACCAUUUUUGUAGGAGCACACAAGGUUGAAUUUAUAGGUAGGCUAUUUAGGCAUGGUUGUAUUUUACACAACUACAACUGUAUUAAUACAUAAAUAAGCCGUCCUAUUGUAAAUAUGUACUGUACAUAAAGAAUUAGUAGAAAUAGCUAUUUGAUCUUCAUGUAUUGUCUUGAAUCCUUUUUUUUUUUUUUUUUUUUUGGUGGUGUUUUGAUUUUUCUGAAUAACUUAUAUGUUAAACUACUUGUAUAAUGUGUUUGUAAAUAUUCAUAUCAGAUAAUUUCUAUUGCUGUUUAUUAUGACAGUUUUAAGUUUAAGGAAGUUGGAAGUUUUUGUUUAUGUAUCAACACAGACCAUGAGCUCUAUUAUAACUGUCUGUCUGGUCUUUUAGUUUUUCUUUGGGUCAUCUUUGUUUCAUUGUGGCAGUCUGUAUUUAUAUUUAGUGUAUUCUUGCCAUUUUAUGCCCAUAAUUGAACCCAGACUCCUUUGGUUCAAUCCUUCUAGCACCCUUAAAUGCUUUGCAUGUAGCUGCCAAAUCUGAGAGCCAUAAUAAAGUGCUUCGAGGCCACUGCCUGGUAGAUAUGUAACUAUUUAUCUAUCACCUAAUUGCAGAAGUUUGGGCCCUCUGAGUCCACCCAGCUCUAAUGGGUACCUGGCAUUAGUUGAGGAAAAGUAAAGGCGGUUGGUCAUUGUGCUGGCUACAUGAUACCCUCGUUAACUGUAGGCCACAGAAUCAGAUGACCUUUACAUCAUCUGCCCUAUAGACCACAAGGUCUGAAAGGGGAACUUUACUUACUUACUUAAUUGCAGAAGUGUUGUACAUAAAAACAUUCCGUACUCAAGUUUAACUGCCAUUAGUUAGAAUCAAUAUCUUAAAUAGAAUAAGGUGUAAUUUUUAACAUUAAGCCACAGAAAUGUGACCCUACAAUGACUAUGCUACGAGUAGUAGUUGUUAUUUAUAAUUAUAGCAAUCAAUUUUUUUGUUAAAGGCCCAUAGCACUAUUAGAUCUUCAAAUUAGCUUAGUGAUAUUGUAAUAUGUGAUUUAUAUUAGCUGAUAUUUUAUUGCUUUCAUGGAUUAACAAUAAUUGGUUCUGUUACGUUUCAUAACAUUUGUCAUUACACCACAACUGAUGCCUUACUGAACAAAAUGUUCUAAUGAGUGAAAAUAAAGUUAUUUGUUUUCUAA